AUGAAUCCCUUAAGUUUAGGUUGGUAGUAAAAUUUGAUUUAAAUACUAAUAUCAUAUAAUGGUAAGUAUGAAUAGAAUAACAAUCCAACUUAAUAACUAGAUGAGGUUUUUUAGUAGUUUCUUAAAAUUUACUCAAGCAAGUUUUAAUAAAUAGAAUUCGAGCAAACUUUGAUUAGCUAAAGAAUAUUGAAAAUAAGUUAAGAGAAAGUGUAACAAGAGCAGUUAUUGUAGACAUAAGGCUAAAUUUUGGAUAAUAUUAGAGAGUAAAGAGAGUAAUUGCUUUAGAAAUUAGAUUAAAGAGAAUAGGAAUUAAUAAGUUUAGAAAAGGUUUUGGAGAAUAAAAAUAAAAGAGAAUAAGAUUAACAUUAAUUUGAAGAUCUUAAGGAUGGAAUAUUGAUGUGUAAGGAGAAAUGUGUAUUGUUAUAAGAGGAAAAUAUAGAGUUUACUAAAUUGGCUAGUUCUUUGAGAUAGUAAAACGAUUAAUUAAAAAGUAGUUAUUUACAAGUAAACAAUUAAAUAAUAAAUGUUUAGGUACGUUAGACAUAUGAUAACAAUUUAAUUAGAUUAAAUGAGUUACAAUAGCAUGGUUUGAAUUUCAAUUAUAGAAUGAUGAAAUCAACAAAAAUAAUAAAAGACUUAGUUUAAUUAAAUCAAAGUGGAGUAAGUUAAAACAGAAAGACAAAACUUGAAAACUUUGUCAGUAAUUAUUCAUAAUUGGAAGAUACAUGUAUAACAUAAUUAAAUUCAUUUUGAGCACCUUGAAGAAUUAUAUGAGAAUUUGUAAAUAUAGAGAGAUAAUAUUAAUAAAGAGGUUUUAGAAAGUAUUUCUUAACUAAUUUAUAUAAAACAAGAAUUAGCUUAAAUAAAUAUGAAAGAUUCUAGUUUAAAUUCUCCUAGAUAAUAAGACUUAGAAUAAUUGGAUCCAAUAUUGACAUCAGGUGCAUUUAGAUUUAAGACGCAUCAUAAUUUGGGAGAGAAAUAAAUUCGAUAAAGAUAAAUAUCUAAAUAGAAUGAUGAUGAUUUUAGAGCAUUUUCUGAAUUAAAUGAAGAUGAUGAAGUAAAAUAAUCUAGUUCGGAUGAAGAUUAGAAUAAAAAUCAUGAAUUAACAUCUAAUAAAUAACCAUGGUAUUUUAAAUCAGCGGUUCCUAUUAUAAGUAGUAAGAAUUCAGAGAAGAAAUGGGAAACUCAUAGUGAAAUAAAAAAACAUCAUAAGAAUAAAUCUUCGUUUGCUUCUAUUUCCUCAGAAUCCAGUUUCAAUAGAAUGGGUAUGAUGACAUUAAAAGAAGAGUUUCAAAACAUCUAUUAAUAGUAAUAAUUAGAUGAAGAUAUCAAAGAAAAAGAUACUGAAAUGAAUGAUAGUGAUGAUAUUCCAUAAUUAAUUUAACAAGAAUCAAUCAUUUAAGAUUCUACUAUUAUUAUAGAUAAAAAAUCAUAAUAAUUAAAUAAAUCAAAAGAUGAAAUUGAUACAAUAUCAGAACCUAUUAAAAGUGAUCUUUAUAAAAAUUUAAAAAUAGCAGGUGUUUUACUGACUACUUGUGGAAUAGCAGGAUGGCUUUAUAGAAAAUAUUUUUGA